AUGGGCGACGGCAUCCAGCAAGAAAAUGUCUCGAAAGUUUGGACCACGCUCAUAACAAAUACCGCGUACCUAUCUGGUCUUCUCACGCUUGAAUACUCUCUCAGAAAAGUGGGCUCAAAAUAUCCGCUCGUCGUUCUCUACACGGAUUCGCUCUCCGCCGAUGGCCACAAAGCCCUUGAUUCACGGGGAUUAAUGAAGCGGCAUGUUCCCUAUCUCCUUCCGUCAGCUCCCAAGGACUUCACCAACGAUGUGCGUUUCUAUGAUUGCUGGAGCAAAUUGACGCCUUUCUCCCUCGUUGAAUACGAUCGCGUCGUGCAACUUGACAGCGAUAUGGUAGUACUUCAAAACAUGGACGAACUAAUGGAUGUCGAUUUGGAUCCGCCGGAAAUGGCUGGGAAUGGAAAUCGAGUGUUUGCCGCUAGUCAUGCUUGCGUCUGCAAUCCGCUUGGUAAACCUCACUAUCCGAAGAACUGGAUUCCGGCCAAUUGUGCUUAUACUGCUCAGCACAACAACCCCGACAUCGCCCAAAUCUCUGGGGCCUGCGCCACUGCCGGUUUGGGGAUACCUAAUGGGGGCCUCCAGGUGGUAAAUCCAGCCCAAGGAACCUAUGAGAAAAUCCUUGAACAGCUCAACACCUCUACAACAUCGGAGUAUGACUUUGCCGAUCAGUCUCUUCUCGGAGACAUAUUUUACGGUCGCUGGGUUGCACUCCCAUACAUAUACAACGCACUCAAAACUCUCCGGUGGAGAGGCGUGCACGACGCCAUAUGGCGUGAUGAGAAUGUGAAAAAUAUACAUUACAUACUCAGCCCGAAACCGUGGGAUGAAUGGACAGAAAAGCAGGAAGAACCUAAACAGGUCCAAGACCCGUCCCAUAUCACCGCUCUGUAA